GAAGAGGGGCUGGGCUGGGGCCUGACCAGCCGUCUCUGUCUUCGAGGCUGCUAUGACCAGCGGGCGAGACACCCUCCGCAGCUCCGCGCAGCGCUAGUCGCGGCCGUGCGCCCGCUGUAGCCGUCUGGGUCCCCAGCGUCGCAGCUUCCGCGGCCCCCUCGGCUCUGCCAGGCGAGGCAGAGGCAGGAUGAAGAUGACUGUGGAUUUCGAGGAGUGUCUGAAGGACUCGCCCCGCUUCAGGGCUGCUUUGGAAGAAGUAGAAGGAGAUGUGUCAGAAUUGGAACUAAAGCUUGAUAAGCUUGUGAAACUUUGUAUUGCAAUGAUUGAUACUGGAAAAGCCUUUUGUGUUGCAAAUAAACAGUUCAUGAAUGGGAUUCGAGACCUGGCUCAGUAUUCUAGUAAUGAUGCUGUAGUUGAGACAAGUUUGACCAAGUUUUCCGAUAGUCUUCAAGAAAUGAUCAAUUUUCAUACGAUCCUGUUUGACCAAACUCAGAGAUCAAUUAAGGCACAGCUUCAGAACUUUGUUAAAGAAGAUCUUAGAAAAUUCAAAGAUGCCAAGAAACAAUUUGAAAAAGUCAGUGAAGAAAAAGAAAAUGCAUUAGUAAAAAAUGCCCAAGUACAAAGAAACAAACAGCACGAAGUUGAAGAAGCCACAAACAUUCUGACAGCAACAAGAAAAUGUUUUCGACACAUAGCGCUUGACUAUGUACUUCAGAUUAAUGUUCUUCAAUCAAAAAGGAGAUCAGAAAUCCUAAAAUCAAUGUUAUCCUUUAUGUAUGCUCAUUUGGCCUUCUUUCAUCAAGGAUAUGAUCUGUUUAGUGAACUUGGGCCCUACAUGAAGGAUCUUGGAGCACAGUUGGAUCGACUGGUUGUGGAUGCAGCAAAGGAGAAAAGAGAGAUGGAGCAAAAACAUUCCACCAUUCAACAAAAGGAUUUCUCCAGUGAUGAUUCUAAGUUAGAAUAUAAUGUAGAUGCUGCAAAUGGCAUUGUUAUGGAAGGAUAUCUGUUCAAACGAGCCAGCAAUGCCUUCAAAACUUGGAACAGGAAAAAGCCCGAUCAUAUCAGACGCUGGUUUUCAAUACAGAAUAAUCAGUUGGUUUACCAGAAAAAGUUUAAGGAUAACCCCACUGUAGUAGUUGAAGAUCUCAGGCUUUGUACAGUGAAACAUUGUGAAGAUAUAGAACGAAGAUUCUGUUUUGAGGUGGUCUCUCCAACAAAAAGUUGUAUGCUCCAGGCAGAUUCUGAAAAGCUGCGCCAGGCAUGGAUUAAGGCUGUUCAGACCAGUAUUGCUACUGCUUAUAGAGAGAAGGGUGAUGAAUCAGAGAAGCUGGAUAAGAAAUCAUCUCCAUCCACAGGAAGCCUAGAUUCUGGAAAUGAGUCAAAAGAGAAAUUAUUGAAAGGAGAAAGUGCGCUGCAGCGGGUCCAGUGUAUCCCUGGCAAUGCCAGCUGUUGUGAUUGUGGUCUGGCAGAUCCGCGGUGGGCCAGCAUCAACUUGGGCAUCACCUUGUGUAUUGAGUGCUCUGGGAUUCACCGGAGUCUCGGGGUCCAUUUUUCAAAAGUACGAUCUUUAACUUUAGACACCUGGGAGCCUGAGCUUUUAAAGCUUAUGUGUGAGCUGGGAAAUGAUGUUGUAAAUCGAGUUUAUGAAGCUAAAGUUGAAAAAAUGGGAAUAAAGAAACCACAGCCAGGACAAAGACAGGAGAAAGAGGCAUAUAUCAGAGCAAAAUAUGUGGAGAGAAAAUUUGUGGAUAAAUAUUCUAUGUCAUCAUCAACUCCUGAGCAGGAAAAAAGGAUUGUCUCCAAAAGUUGUGAAGAAAAGAGGCUGAGCAUUUCUAAACUUGGGCCUGGUGACCAAGUCAGAGCAUCUGCCCAAAGUUCAGUCAAAAGUAAUGACAGCGGAAUUCAGCAGAGCUCUGAUGAUGGAAGAGAAUCUUUACCCUCCAUGGUAUCAGCCAAUAGUUUAUAUGAACCUGAAGGAGAGAGGCAAGAUUCUUCUGUGUUUCUCGACUCUAAACAUCUUAAUCCAGGACUUCAGCUUUAUAGGGCUUCAUAUGAAAAAAAUCUUCCUAAAAUGGCUGAGGCUUUGGCUCAUGGUGCAGAUGUGAACUGGGCUAAUUCAGAGGAAAACAAAGCAACACCACUGAUUCAGGCUGUUUUAGGGGGCUCUUUGGUGACAUGUGAGUUCCUCCUACAGAAUGGUGCUAAUGUGAACCAAAGAGAUGUCCAAGGACGGGGACCACUGCACCAUGCCACCGUCUUAGGGCACACAGGGCAAGUGUGUUUAUUCCUAAAACGAGGUGCCAAUCAACAUGCCACUGAUGAAGAAGGGAAAGAUCCUUUGAGUAUAGCUGUGGAAGCAGCCAAUGCUGAUAUAGUAACCCUGUUACGUUUAGCAAGAAUGAAUGAAGAGAUGCGGGAAUCAGAAGGACUUUAUGGACAGCCAGGUGAUGAAACUUACCAGGACAUUUUUCGUGAUUUUUCCCAAAUGGCAUCCAAUAAUCCAGAGAAACUAAAUCGUUUCCAGCAAGAUUCACAGAAAUUCUGAUUUUUUUAAGAAGGGAAAACUAUGAAAUCUGGUAACCCCCUAAUGGAUACAGCUGAAAACUCACAAUUUUUACUGCUUUUAUUCUACUUACUUAAUUUUGAUAGAUAUUGAAUG